AUGGACGACAACCAGACUCGCGUCGCCGACUUCCUCGACGACAAGCUCCAGAAUGCCGCCGACCUAGACGAGCUCGACGCCCUAUUGGCUAACAUCACCACGCAGCAUGGCCUCCUCCGCCAGCAGCUCGACGACGCACAGCGCGACCUACAUACGGCCAAGGAGGCGUCGCAUUCGCACCAUGGCGACCUCACCCGGCGCGCCGACCACUUCAAGCACGAGCAAGCCGAUAUUGACCGCCGCUUGAUGGUCAUCACUGCCUCCGAGACGAGUGACGAUGCCGUGCCCCGCUUUGAACAGGUCCUCGACACACUCCACCGCCUCGAUGUGGCCCAUGGAUACGUGCAACUGCUGGCUGAAGUCGACGUACUCAGCAAACAAGCCCAGUCGCAGCUCCAGACGUCCAAUGAAGCCGCCCUCGAGCCCUACAAACAGCUGCGCGCACUGCACACCCGCCUCAUCAACCUCCAAGACGACGCCGAGGGCGCUGCUCCCCAGCUGCUCCACCACGUCAACACCAUCACCCAGGCCCUGCGCACCAAGAUCCUCGACGCCUUCUCCUCCCAUCUCGACCGCGUCCUCAAGAAGAUACACUGGCCCACGCCCAAAGCAAACAUCCCAAGCCAGCUGCACGAGGAAUGGGAGACUGCCAUCGUGAAGCUGCUGGACCUGCAGCUUCCCGAGCUGCAGGGCAAGAGCUAUGCCAGCGGGCCGGGCGACAAGGUCAAACUACCGCCCGUGCUCUUCCCCAUUGAGGUGCUCGUGCAGCCGCUCGAGAUGCGCUUCCGCUAUCACUUCGACGGUGACAGGCCCACCAACCGCAUCGAUAGGCCAGAGUACUUUCUCUCUCACAUUACCACGCUUUUGGACGACUACAGCGCAUUCGUUAGUGACCAUGUGCAACCUGUCCUACUUCGUCACUUCCGAGGCACAGAUCUCGCACUUAACCCCGUCUACAUUGAUGCAAUGUCCGCCUUUAUAACCGCUCUACUGCCCAUGCUGCGCACCAAGAUUGGCUCGCUACUGCCCAAAGUCGCAGGCCAGCCCCAGCUGCUGAGCCACCUCAUGCACGAGAUAAUGAGCUUUGACACGACUAUCAGAGACAUUUGGGGAUAUGACGGCGGCUACGGCGUUGACGGAUGGAAGGGCCUGUCAUGGGAGUUUCUUGUUCAAGGCGACUGGUUUGGUCGAUGGCUGCAGGUAGAAAAAGACUUCGCACUGUCUCGCUAUCAGAACAUUGUCGAGGCUCCAGACUUUGGUGAUCUCGACUACGAGAGCGUCGAUCCCAAAGCCACCAAGCCCACCAAGGGAGCGAUCCGCGUCAACGACUUGCUUGAAACCAUAACGGGCAUGUCCUCGCCAGCCCCUCCUUUCCAGAUCUACAUUCAGAUUGCCAUAUUCGAUAAACUCCACGAAAGGCUGCAGAGCAAUCUGGAAGCGUAUCUGUCCAUCACCACGUCACUGGGUCGCGCUAUGGGCGGUGUGACCAAGGAGGAACAGGAAAAGCUGCUUGGCGUUGAGGGACUGGAGCGCCUUUGCAAGACGUAUGGCAGUGCCGACUACCUUGAACGGGCAAUGCGUGACUGGAGCGACGAUGUGUUCUUCCUCGAUAUCUGGGAAGGUCUACAAGAUCGUGCUCGUGGCCAGACUAGCAAUAUUGGUACCAUGAGCGUUGCCGAUGUGGCGGAACGCACAUCCAAGAACGUUGAAAAUGACGACGUCGACGGUGGCUCGCUCUUUGACGAAACAGCAUCGUGGUACGCGCGCCUCCGCGAACGCAGUGAGAAGAUUAUCAUCGACACGCUCAACAGCAAUGUCCGUGAGGCGCUGCGUCCAUAUCGGCACAUCACGCUAGCAUUCCUCACGCGCGCCCUAGCAUCCGCGCCGCUGCGCCGCAUCACUCGGGCCGUCCUGACUACCAUCUCGACUACGCUCUGGGAGAAUGUGCUAAGCCGGUACCGCUUCUCUGCUCAAGGAGCUGCCCAGCUCCAUGCUGACCUGGCUGCUAUAUGCCGAGUUGUGGACAAGCACGUGGGUACAGGAGUCGCAGAAGCGGGUCUAAGGAAAUGUCUUGAAGGCGUCAAAAUCGUCGGAUUACCCGUAAAAGGCGGUUCAGCCUCGCAGGUUGAUACUGCAGCAGGUCGGGGUGACGAUGGUGGCGAGGAUGAUGAGGACUGGGAUACUGGGGCUUGGGCCGCAGAAGACGGUGAUGAGGUGCAUGAUGCUCCGCAAAAAGCAAAACCCGCCCGUGACACGGCGUCUGAGGCUAAUGGAGGGGAACUGGGGCUUUGGGAGGUGGAAAGGCGUAUUUUUGCGGACAAUCAAUCUGCGAGGGAUGUGCUCGAGGACUUGGGAUUGGAGCUUCUGAGUGAGACGGAGGCGCGGGCGUUGUUGAGAAGGAGGGUUGAGCUGGCUGGUUAG